CCUCAUGGACGAUUUCUCCUUCGUGAGCCCGGUGGUCAAGUACGUGCUCUUCUUCUUCAACCUGCUCUUCUGGAUGAUCUCCAUGGUGAUGGUGGCCGUGGGGGUCUACGCCCGGCUGCUGAAGCACGCAGAGGCAGCCAUGGCGUGCCUGGCGGUGGACCCCGCCAUCCUCCUCAUCAUGGUGGGCGUCCUCACCUUCCUCAUCACCUUCUGCGGCUGCGUCGGCUCCUUGCGGGAGAACAUCUGCCUGCUGCAGAUGUUCUCCAUCUGCCUGACCAUCAUCUUCCUCCUGCAGCUGGCGGCUGGCGUGCUGGGCUUUGUCUUCUCCGAUAAGGCACGUGGGAAGGUCAGCGAGGUCAUCAACGGAGCCAUCGUGCAUUACCGGGAUGACCUGGACCUGCAGAACCUCAUCGAUUUUGGGCAGAAGGAGUUCAGCUGCUGCGGGGGUGUCUCCUACAAGGACUGGUCCCAGAAUGUGUAUUUCAACUGCACGGCCACCAACCCCAGCCGUGAGCGCUGCUCCGUGCCCUUCUCCUGCUGCCUGCAUGACACCGAGCAGGCCGUCAUCAACACCAUGUGUGGCCACGGGAUGCAGGCCAGGGGCUACCUGGAGGCCAGUGCCUUCAUCCACACCAACGGCUGCAUCGACAAGCUGGUCAACUGGACCCACAGCAACCUCUUCCUGCUGGGGGGCAUCACCCUGGGGCUGGCCCUGCCCCAGGUACGGGGCUGGGGCACUGCGGGGGACAAGGCUCCGUCCCAAAGCUCUGCUUGUGGGGUUUUUUGGGGUGCUGCCUUAAUGGCAUUAAUCCUAAAUGGAUUGCCAGAUUGGGAUGGGAUUUGGGGUGGGGCAGUGAUGCAGAUGUCAGGCAUGGGGGGAAUGGGGUGACACCGCCUGGUGUUGCUCAGUGCCUCCCUCUCCCGUUCUCCUUCUUCCCUCUCCCUUUCUGUCCCCACUUCCUCUUCCAUUUCCGCUUUCCUUUCCCAUUUCCUUCC